AGUGUCUCGGGGAGGCUAACUGGUAGUGGUGUAGACAUGUCAGAGAACUGGCAGUAAUGCUAACUUGGCCGCAGUAGUUAGUGAGUUAUCCAGAAGUGUCUUGUGGCUUAAAGAAGCGGGUUUAGAGUACAAAACCUCGACAGCUGGACUGUGUGAAGGGUUGGCCAACCGGUCUACCGUUACGGAUCCCGGACCUUUGGUAUCUGACGACAACUGGUUAGCUAGCAUUAGCUGGCUAGCUGGGGAGCUCUCGAAAAGUAACGUCAGGGCUUGUUUCAUACAGUCAUGUCUUCGGCCGGAGACUUCGGAAACCCUUUAAGAAAAUUUAAAUUGGUCUUUCUUGGGGAACAGAGUGUGGGAAAGACUUCGCUGAUCACCAGGUUCAUGUAUGACAGCUUCGACAACACUUACCAGGCCACAAUAGGAAUAGAUUUCCUGUCGAAAACGAUGUACCUUGAAGACAGAACAAUCAGGUUGCAGUUGUGGGACACGGCAGGGCAAGAGCGAUUUCGUAGCCUCAUACCGAGCUACAUCAGAGAUUCUGCCGCUGCUGUCGUAGUGUACGACAUCACAAACGUCAAUUCCUUCCAGCAAACCACAAAAUGGAUCGAUGAUGUGAGGACGGAGAGAGGAAGUGAUGUCAUCAUCAUGUUGGUGGGAAACAAGACAGACCUUGCAGACAAAAGACAGAUAACCACAGAGGAGGGAGAACAGAGAGCGAAAGAGAUGAAUGUUCUGUUUAUUGAAACAAGUGCAAAGACAGGCUACAAUGUCAAACAGCUUUUCCGUCGUGUGGCAGCCGCCCUCCCUGGCAUGGAUACCACACAGGACAAGAGUAGAGAGGACAUGAUUGACAUUAAGCUGGAGAAGCCACCAGAGCAACCUGUCAGUGAAGGAGGCUGUUCCUGCUAAUGUUGGCUGAUGUCAUGGCUAAAUAUUUCUCUUACUGGCUUUUUCUCAAACCCAUUUGUUUUGUUUUUUUUUCUUCUGUAUCCGCACCCCUCACUACACUCGCCUCUGUGCCCCAGCCUGAAAGAGAACACUACGUUUGUUAUUUUUUGCCGUUGUGGAAACCUUGCGCUCUCACCAGGAAGCUCUGAAAGUCAUAAAACACUUAAACUGAAUAUUUGCCCUGCAACACAUACACUGAAACAGUAUUCACAGCUGGAGCUCAGCUGUCUUUUCUGAGCUCCUGUUGUCUGUCUUUUCAGAUGAAGAUGGUGGCUUAAGCGUAAUGAAUCCCACUGGUGUAGUUUGUGUCUAAAACUGACUUUUUGAACCAAACUGAAAGAAAGAAAAUGUGUGUUAAAGGACCAGUGUGUGGGAUUUAGUGGCAUCUAGUGGUGAGGGUGCAGAUUGCAACCAACUGAAUACCCAUCCCUUUCCAAACUUGUACAAGAACCUACGGUGGCCUCCAGGUAAUAUGAAAAGGCAAAAGGCCCUAUCUAGAGCCAGUGUUUGGUUUUCUGUUCGGGUCGACUGUUGAAACAUGACUGUUCAGUGCAGUGCGCUCCGUGGAUGUGGACCCGCUCCCUACGAAGGCACCAAGGGCUCAUUCUCAGCUAACAAAACCACUAUUCAUAGAUUCCGGUAAUUAUACACUAAUGAAAAUACAAUUAUGAAAAUAUUCCCCCUAAAUCCUACACACUGGUCCUUCAAAGGCACCCAGUCAAGGUAUGUGUUUAAGAGUGAGAAUAUUUUUUUAAAAAGUUAAACAUUGCUUUAAGCUUACAAAGCACAAUGUGGGUGUUGCGGUCAUUUGUUAGUUUACAUAAUUUGUGCUGUUGCAAUUGACUGGCAAAGAUUCAUUCAUGAAUUGUGUUAUCAGUAAACUAUCUGGAAUAAUAUGUGGAAAAGGUGUUAAAGUAAAUCAAUAGCAUAUUUGGGAGAUCUCAGCGUUGACAAGUAUAGUGUAGACACACAUACAUACACACACACACACACAACGCAGCUGUAGCUCCUGUACCAGCAGAGUCACAUUUCUCCCAACAUGUACCAGCGUGAUAGAGUCAACACACCGAAACCACACAGUCACACACCACCAUGUGGUCACAAACCAGCACAGACACACGACACCUAAUACAAGAGCAACACUACCACUACAUCAUCCACAUUACCGUCCUUCCUCUCUUCCCACACUUGUCUCUUGAGAUGGGCAGUUUUUACCCUGGCUUCCAUUUUCUAUUACCUUUUUAUUUGAAUAGAUCUUUGAUUUUUUUUUUCUAAAGAUUACGGCUAUUAUAGAUUAAAACUAUUUCUUUGAUGAUAGUGUUUGAGGAGGAUUUUCUCAUAUAUUAAGAGGCAUAAUCAUAAAACCUAUCAUAAACAUUAGGUGUGGAGAUAUAUGCCUUUUGGAGGUUAAAUUGUAGAGGGCUUCCUUGGCUUUGGGUUUAUCUAGUUAAGUUUGGUAUGACGUUUUAUGAACACUUUAAAGAUGUUCCCUCAUGCUUGUUUUUAUUUUUUUGGCAUUGAUCUUUUGUUAGUGAUUAUUCUACAUGUGUAUUUAAUCCACAAUGACUUGUAAUAUUUAUUUCAGUUGGAUUCAUGUUUCCUUUUUUUUUAUGGCUGUUAAUAUCUUCACUUUUGGUAUGAGUCCUGAAUCACUAAUAAAAUAUGCAUCCAUCUGGACCACCUUUAACAGAAUCAGUAGAGACUGUCUGCUGGUCCCUCCAACACUAUUAAAUGGCAAUUUGAUCAUACUGAUUAUACUGUGCAAUUUUUUUGUGAACUUAUGGAGGAGAGUCCAGUUUGUACAGCGUAGUAGUCCUUAACGUUUCUGUCUGGAAUGGUUUUAAAUGAAAGAAUAAAAAUACACUUGUGAACGC